AUGAGGUCUCUGCCACCACGGCACAGCCUGGGACGGCGGGCAGCCUGGGACAGCGUGCUGGGAACAGAAGAUGAGAAGGAUCCCGUGCUGCAGCUUGGCCUGUGGUGCACGCCCCCUACUGGGAUUGAUCCUCCCCAUGCGCUUCCUCCGCAUGUGCCCUUUGAGGCGCUGGGGAAGGAAGAGAACAGGCAGAUUUUGGCUCAGAAGUCAGCCUCCCAGUCCGACUCGCACGACGAGGAGGUCUCCCCGACUCUGCCGAACCCCGUGGUGAAAGCCCGCUGCCGCCGCGGGGGCGUGAGUGCCGAGGUGUACACCGAGGAGGACGCCGUGUCCUACGUGCGGAAGGUCAUCCCCAAGGACUACAAGACCAUGACGGCGCUGGCCAAAGCCAUCUCCAAGAACGUGCUGUUUGCUCACCUGGACGACAACGAGAGGAGCGACAUAUUCGACGCCAUGUUCCCCGUCACGCACAUCGCCGGGGAGACCGUCAUACAGCAAGGGGACGAAGGCGAUAACUUCUACGUCGUUGACCAAGGGGAAGUGGACGUGUACGUGAACGGGGAGUGGGUGACCAACAUCAGCGAGGGCGGCAGCUUCGGGGAGCUGGCACUCAUCUACGGCACCCCCAGGGCGGCCACCGUGAAAGCCAAGACCGACCUCAAGCUCUGGGGCAUCGACCGGGACAGCUACCGCCGCAUCCUCAUGGGCAGCACGCUGCGGAAGCGCAAGAUGUACGAGGAGUUCCUCAGCAAGGUCUCCAUCCUCGAGUCCCUGGAGAAGUGGGAGCGCCUGACGGUGGCCGACGCCCUGGAGCCCGUGCAGUUUGAAGACGGGGAGAAGAUCGUGGUGCAGGGGGAGCCCGGCGACGACUUCUUCAUCAUCACGGAGGGCACAGCCUCCGUGCUGCAGCGCCGGUCCCCGAACGAGGAGUACGUGGAAGUGGGGCGUCUCGGACCCUCCGACUACUUUGGUGAGUGGGAGCGGCUCCCACACUCGGGGCCUGGGCGGGCAGCUUCUGGGGAGGCUCAGGGUGUGUUCGGGGGCAGCUGCUCACCCACCUGA